UCAAGCCUUAACCAACACCAUAGAAUUCACACUGGUGAGAAACCUUACAAAUGUAAAUGUGGCAAAGCUUUUAAUAAUUCUUCAGCUCUUACUCAGCACCAAAGAACUCAUACUGGAGAGAGACCAUACAAGUGUGAAGAAUGUGGCAAGGCCUUUAACAAUUGCUCGGCCCGUACAAGACACCAAAGGAUCCAUACUGGAGAAAGACCCUAUAGGUGUGCACACUGUGGCAAGACCUUUAAUUUUCCCACAUCACUUUCUCAACACCAGAGAAUUCAUACUGGAGAGAAACCCUAUAAAUGUGAAGAGUGUGGCAAAGCAUUUAAUUGUUCUUCACAUCUUAAACAACACCGUAUUAUUCAUACUGGAAAGAAACCCUACAAAUGUAAAGAAUGUGGCAAAGCUUUUAACUGUUCUUCAAGCCUUAACCAACACCAUAGAAUUCACACUGGUGAGAAACGCUACAUAUGUGAGGAAUGUGGUAAAGCCUUUAACAAUUGUUCAGCUCUUACUCAACACCAAAGAAUUCAUAGUGGAGAGAAACCAUACAAGUGUCAAGAAUGUGGUAAGGCCUUUUAUAAUUGCUCAGCCCUUUCUCGACACCAAAAAAUUCAUACGGGAGAAAAACCCUAUAAAUGUGCAGAUUGUGGCAAGGCUUUUAUUUUUCGCUCAUCACUUUCUCAGCACCAGAGAAUUCAUACUGGAGAGAAACCCUACAAAUGCAAGGAAUGUGGCAAAGCCUUUAACUGUUCUUCACACCUUAACCAACAUGGAAGAAUUCACAGUGGAGAGAAACCUUAUAAAUGUGAAGAGUGUGGCCAGAUGUUCAUCUGUUCUUCAUACCUACAUAAGCAUCAGAAGAUUCAUAGUAUUGAGAAACUGUAUGAAUGCAAAGAAUGUGGUAAAACCUUCAGCUGUUCUUCAUACCUUAAGUAUCAUCUGAGAUUUCAUACUGGCGGGAAAUCCUACACAUGCAAAGAAUGCAACAAAACCUUUAGGUCAUCUUCAUACCUUAGGAAUCAUCAGCGAUUUCACACUGGAGAGAAACCCUACACAUGCAAAGAAUGUGGCAAAGCAUUUGUUAGUUCUUCAAGCCUUCUUGUACACCAAAGGAUUCACACUGGAGAGAAACCGUACAAAUGCAAAGAAUGUGGCAAGGCCUUUAGGUGUUCUUCAUAUUUUAAGUAUCAUCAAAGACUUCAUACUGGAGAGAAACCAUAUAUAUGCAAGGAAUGUGGAAAGGCCUUUGCUAAAUCUUCAUGUCUUAUUCUACACCAAAGAAUUCAUACUGGUGAAAGGCCCUACAAAUGUGCAGAAUGUGGCCAGGCAUUUAUCUGUUCUUCAUACCUGAGGAAGCACCAGAGAAUCCAUUCUGUUGAGAAACCCUAUACAUGUGAAGUAUGUGGCAAAGCUUUUAGCAUUUACUCAGCCUUCAUUCAACACCAGAGAAUUCAUACUGGAGAAAAACCUUAUAAAUGCAAAGAAUGUGGAAAAACAUUUAAUUAUCGUUCAGCCCUAAUUAAACAUCAAAGAAUUCAUACUGGAGAGAAACCUUACACUUGCAGAGACUGCAGUAAAGCCUUUAAUAAUAGCUCAAGCCUUCUUCGACAUCAACGAAUUCAUAAUAGAAUUGAAACCCUAGAAAUUCAAGGAAUAUGGCAAGGCCUUUAAUAAAAGUUAACUCUUAGCUCCAAAAACUGAGAAACAGUGGAAUGGAAAAAAGGUGACUAAUUAAUAAAUGUUCUAUACAUAUACAAUAUUAAAAACUCAUGCAUGAAAGAAACCCUACAAGUUCAAAUAGUGUUGCAAGUCUCUUAAGUCUUCUUCACGUCUUUCUUGACAGCAGAGAAUUUGUAUUUGGAAACCCUACAAAUAUACAUAAUGUAUCAAGGUUUUUAAUGAAUGUGCACUCUUCAUCAAUGAAUUUAGGCUUCAUAGAAAUCUUAUCUGUUUCUUGGCUUGGGGAAGAAUGCUGUCCAGUAUUGGAGGACAUUGUCUUAUGAGUAUAGCAUUUUAAUGAGUAUGAGAAUUACUGUAGAUGACAAAUCUUAUGAAUAUAUAGAAUAAUGUAAAAAUGAAACAAAUAUUGCUUAUAAAGUAGGGGCAUUUGACAUGGUAGAAAUAAAUCAUCAUAGACAUCAGAAUAGUGUGCACAAUUUAUCUCAGUAAGGAUAUGAAUUUGUUAAUGAAGCUGUACUUACUAUGUAUCCUUGUUUGAAAAUGGAAGUUAGCAUAACUCUCAGAUUGUGUCAAAAGAAUAAAACUAGUUCCUGUUUGAUUUUAGUCUAGUUUUUUUUUUCCUCAGAGAACAUACAGUAGAUAUAAAAUAGAGAUUGUGUGUGAAGCUUACUUUAAAUAAACAAAUUUGAGCAGUUCA